AGUGUUGAAGAAGCAAAGGAAGGAACUUUGGUACUCUCUACCACUCUACUCUGCUGUGAACUCCUUCAGCUGGGUUUUACGUUCUUCUUCUCAGUUCAUAACAACAUUAAUGGAGAUCGAUUUCAAUGAGUAUCAGUUGCGCUGUGAACUCCGUGGCCACGAAGACGACGUUCGUGGAAUAUGCGUUUGCGGCAACGAGCGCAUAGCGACGUCGUCGAGGGACAAAACCGUUAGGCUUUGGUCUCAGGACCCUUCUGAGAAACGCAAGUUCGUGUCUUCGAAGAUUCUUUUGGGUCACACCAGCUUCGUUGGACCAAUUGCAUGGAUUCCUCCCAACGACGAGUUCACGGAAGGUGGGGUUGUGUCAGGUGGAAUGGACACACUCGUUUUUGUUUGGGACUUGAAGAGUGGCGAGAAGGUUCAAACCCUCAAAGGCCAUUCUUUGCAGGUCACUAGCAUUACAUUGGAUAAUGGGGAUAUUGUUUCAUCUUCUGUUGAUUGUACCUUGAGACGGUGGAGAAAUGGGCAAUCUGUAGAGACAUGGGAGGCUCAUAAGGCACCUAUCCAAGCUGUUAUAAAGUUACCUUCAGGCGAGCUUGUUACAGGUUCAAGUGACACAACUUUGAAGCUUUGGAGAGGAAAAACUUGUUUACAUACUUUCAAUGGACAUGCAGAUACAGUAAGAGGAUUGGCUGUGAUGGCUGGCCUUGGGGUCCUAUCCUCAUCACAUGAUGGUUCUCUCAGAUUAUGGGCAGUAAGUGGUCAAGUGUUAAUGGAGAUGGUUGGCCAUACUGCAAUUGUUUAUUCAGUUGAUUCACACGCAUCUGGACUUAUCGUCAGUGGUAGUGAAUGAUGCUCAAUAUCGUCUAAUGGAGUUUGUGUUCAGAGCAUAGAGCAUCCUGGUUGUGUUUGGGAUGCAAAGUUCAUGGAAAAUGGGGAUAUUGUGACAGCGUGUUCGGAUGGAGUUGUACGCAUUUGGACAGUUCAUCCAGAUAAUAUUGCUGACCAGCUUGAGCGUGAUUUAUACGCUUCUGAACUUUCUCAAUACAAGACUAGUAGAAAAAGGGUUGGUGGAUUGAAAUUGGAAGAGUUACCCGGCUUGGAGGCACUGAAGAUCCCAGGUACUAGUGAUGGCCAGACAAAAGUAGUCAGAGAGGGGGAUAAUGGGGUGGCAUAUGCUUGGAACAUGCCAGAACAGAAGUGGGAUAAAAUUGGUGAAGUUGUUGAUGGACCGGAGGAAUCAGGUCGCGCUUUCCACGAUGGUGUUCAGUAUGACUAUGUAUUUGAUGUCGACAUUGGAGAUGGUAUGCCUAUCCGCAAGUUGCCAUACAAUCGAUCAGAUAAUCCCUAUGAUGUUGCUGACAAAUGGCUACUCAAGGAGAACCUUCCUCUUUCCUUCCGUGAACAAAUUGUACAGUUCAUACUUCAAAAUACCGGACAAAAGGAUAUUACCUUUGAUGCUUCAUUUCGUGAUCCUUACACUGGUGCCAAUGCUUAUGUACCAGGACAACCUUCACGAACAUCUGAUGCUUCUGCGAAACCUACUUUCAAGCAUAUUCCUAAGAAAGGGAUGCUUGGUUUUGAUACAGCUCAGUUUGAUGGGAUCCUCAAAAAGAUAACUGAAUUCAACAGUGCUUUACAAUCUGACCAGGAAAAGCAGAACUUGUCUUUGACUGAACUCGAUGUUUCCAGACUGGGUGCCAUUGUGAAAAUUCUGAAAGAUACUUCACAUUAUCAUUCUAGUAAAUUUGCGGAUGCUGAUAUAUCCUUGUUGCUGAACUUGCUUCGGUCAUGGCCAAUUUCAAUGAUAUUUCCUGUCAUUGAUCUUGUAAGGAUGAUAGUUCUUCAUCCAGAUGGGGCUACUAUGCUUCACAAGCAUUUUCAAGCUGAAAAUGAUAUAUUAAUGGAAGUGAUUAAAAAAGUCACUUCAAAUUCAUCAAUUCCUGCAAAUCUGUUGAUCAGCAUUCGUACUGUUACUAAUCUUUUCAAGAAUUCAUGCUACUAUGGCUGGUUGCAGAAACAUCGCAGUGAGGUUCUUGAUGCUUUCUCGAGUUGUAGUUCAUCUCCUAACAAAAACUUGCAAUUGUCCUAUUCUACCUUGAUACUCAAUUAUGCUGUUCUGUUAAUUGAAUCGAAAGAUCAAGAAGGUCAAUAUCAAGUCUUAUCAGCAGCACUUGAGAUUGCUGAGGAAGAAAAUGUAGAAGUUGAUUCCAAAUUCCGUGCUUUAGUUGCUGUUGGAUCACUGAUGCUUGAAGGUCUUGUUAAAAAGGCAGCGCUGGACUUCGAUGUAUUGAGCAUUGCAAAAGCAGCAAAGGCUUCUAAGGAAGCCAAGCUUGCUGAAAUUGGAUCCGACAUCGAGCUAGUAGCAAAGCAGAGUUGAAUUCGCGACCUGGGUGUGACUAAUCUCUUCAAUUCCUCCGGAUAGAAAUGAAGGACUAUCUUUUCGCUGUUAAAGGAGGUGUCUCAGCAAGCAACAUGGUUUCUUAGAGCUUAACACGGACAUCAUUCUUUCCGAUGAAUGUGCUUUUGUUUUCAAAAACUGCGAGCUGUUGUUAGGGAGAUUCAUUGAGUCAGGGGAUAUUGCAUUCACAGUUACAGCGCUUCUGAUGUCUUGUUAGCACAUGAAAAGUUCUCAGAAACGUUGUGUAAAGCAAUCCAAUCAUAUGAUUAAUCGUACUUUAUGACGAGGGAAUUUGUGAAAUUUUACUUAACAGGACCAUUCUUAUUUGUCCAAAAAUGCAA